GAGUUCUCAUCUGUCAGGUGUGCGCUGACCGAAAGUGGGCGUGACCAUUCAGGACUCCUCCCAUAGCAACCGCGUGAGCGUGCCUGCAGUCCCUAGAGUGGAGACGCCAGAAGCUCACGUGAAAUCUCGCUGACACAACACGCCAAAUGAGCGUCCGUGAGCCGGGAUAGAGGGGUCAGUCGCCGCCGCCGCCAUGGAGAUAUAUCCAUCUAUUGAUGUCGCCAUGAACGACAAAUACCACCGGGCGGCUCGAGACGGUCACCUGCACCUGCUGAAAGACGCGACGCGCAAAGAUCUGAACGCGCCGGAUGAGGAUGGAAUGACGCCGACGCUCUGGGCCGCGCACCACGGCAACCUGGAUGCGCUCAGACUGCUGGUGGCACGAGGAGGAGAUCCAGAUAAAUGUGAUAUUUGGGGAAACACACCUCUUCACCUGGCAGCAGCUAAUGGCCAUCUCAACUGUCUGUCCUUUCUGGUGUCAUUUGGCGCCAAUGUGUGGUGCUUGGACAAUGACUACCACACGCCACUGGAUAUGGCAGCCUCUAGGAGCCACAUGGACUGUGUGCGAUAUCUGGACUCUAUCGCCGCCAAGCAGAUCACCAUCAACCCCAAACUGGUGAGCAAACUGAAGGACCGUGCAUUCCGUAACGCAGAGAAACGCAUUAAGAACUGUGAAAAGCUUCAGCGCAAGCAUCACGAACGCAUGGAGAAGCAUUUCUUGAGAGAGAGUGCUGCAAUGGACACGUCGGAUACGAUGAGUUACAGCAGUUUCAGCAGCACCCUGAGUCGAAGGAUCCCCCAGUUCAACACCCUCGACUCCAACAUGACAUACUCGCAGGCAACGCUUCAGUCCACAACAAGAGGCCGGACCAAGAUUCAGCGGCGUCUUGAGAAGAAAAAGCAAGGGGACGGAACAUUCAAGAUUUCCGAAGACGGGCGAAGGAGCGUUCGCUCGCUCUCUGGUCUUCAGCUGGGCAAUGACGUCAUGUUCUUGAAGCAGGGAACGUACAUCGACCGACGUCAGCAGUCCAGCCCUCGCCUCAACAUCCGCAACAUGUUUUCUGGUAAACAGGACAUCAGGCAAGACGAUGAUGAUGAUGAUGAGGUAGACACUGUUUCACGGGCACUCAGUGAUCCGGGUCUGUAUGACGCUGCAUACUCAGAAAUAAGUACAGACUCGGGUAGAGACUCUUUGUUCAACCGCCCAGGACUCGGUACUAUGGUAUUCCGUCGGAAUUAUGUGACUGAUGGGCUGCUCCGAAUGGGACGGAAUGACGGGAGUGUGGCUGGGAGUGAACCAGUGGGACAGGUCCCAAAUGUCCGCUUACGGGGGAGAUUGCCACUCCGAUCACCUAGUCUUGAUGAAGUCAGCAUUGGCAGUUCAUUGAGUCUCCAAGAGAAGAACUUGCAGGAUUUGCCAUGGGAGGAAGGAGACCUGGGUUUGGAGGAGGAGGAUGACGAGAUUCAGCCAUCUUCGGCUCCUUUAGAAGUGUUCCUGGCAUCUCAGGGUCUGAGUGACUUCCUCUCCAUCUUCCAUCGAGAGCAGAUGGACCUGGAUGCAUUGCUGUUGUGCUCUGAGCAGGACCUCAUUAGCAUCCACAUUCCACUCGGACCUCGAAAAAAACUACUUGAAGCAUGCAGCAGACGCAACAAUGUUCUGGAGGAAGCUGAUGGCAUGCAGGACACUAUGCUGUAGAGUGUGUAUGUCUGUCCAAAAUCUAGUGUACAUUCUUGUUGCCUACAUAAGCAGUUGUUUUAAAUUAGCAUCCUAGUUGAACUGUAUCUUCUUAAGUGUCUACAUAGGCAGCAACUCAACACGCCACAAAAAUAGCGCUUCUCAUGCAAAGUGCAUGGGAGAUUUGACAUGGACAAGUCUCCCAUGCAUUUAUCUAUAUUAGACGAGACUUCCAGUAUUUCUCUCACCUUGACUACCGUCUUGGAUGUGUUUGUUUACUUUGAGCUUGUUGCAUUCUAAGAUUGCUUUCUCUGUAAAGAUUUAGCCAAAACAAUGUAUUUGCUACAAGACAAUUAUGCUGCCUACUGUUUAAAGCCACAUAGCCACAUCUACAAAGCUUCAAUUGACCUGGUUUACUAAAUGUUCAUCCCCAGUCUUAAGGUACGUUCACAUUAUCCAAAUUUCAGCUACAUUUUAUAGGCAAGUUAUGUUUUUGUUAUUCCUAAGAGAAAAAGUUGGAACACUAUUCACUAGUUUUUACACUAUUCACAAAUAACUAGUUGCUUAUUAGCAUGCAUAUUCUUAGUGUAUUGGCUGUUUAUUAGUACUUAUAUAGCACAUACUAAUGCAUGAAUAUAUUCUAAAUCCCUUAACCCUACCCAAUACCUAAGCAUAACUACCUUACUACCAACAAUUAACAGCAAAUUAGGAAUUUAUUGAGGGAAAACACUUAGUUAAUAGUGAAUAUGUGUUCCCUAAUCUACCAUACAGUAACUUGCUUUUCCUGUGGAAUGACUUUGCUUUUCUGUUGCCGGUCGAUUGAAUAAUGUUAAUCAUAGCCAAAUAGCUUAAUUAAACACUCAUUAAUUUUGACUCCACUCUGGAAUGCAACACUCAACACUCUUUUAACCCUGUCUGAUCAAUACCAGAUUGACAAAAUCAAGUCCCACCCUACUUGUUUUCCUAAUUAAGUAUCCUGUUUCACUUUGAAAUGCAUGGCACUGUGGAAGAACGGGAUUCACAGACAGUGCAAUUCACAUUUUUUAAAUGCUUCCUAUACCUGCAUCUGGAGCAGAGCCAUUGUGUGUGUCUGUGCAUGAGUGAGUGAUAUGCCUGCCUCCUUGUGGCUUGGAGGAAAACUACAGCUCUUCUAUGGCACAUCUCACUUGCUAGCCAGCAAAACUGCUCACAAAUAAGUUCUACUUGGAAAAUGACGUCUAUGCUGAUGGUUGCUGUUUUGAAUGCACGUGCAGUUUAAAAUUCACACAAACCUUUAAUCUGACCUGCUAUUUACCAUCAUGAGGUUCAUCAAAGAUAUUGUGGUUCCUGAUACACUCUGUGAAUUAUUGCCUUGCAUACUGAUGCAGUAUUUUAGGGCUAAAAUAGAGUAAUUUGCAGUAAUAUUUAGCAUUUUCAACUUUAACAAUUCAGAACAAGAAACAAAGCCUUUGUUGUUACAUGAUAUUACAUGAUGCAUCUUGAUUUUGACCUAUAUUUGCUAGUGGAGCAAAAACCUAUAUAUCAGCGCUUUAGUGUCCCAGAUUGCUCUAAUUCACUUUCUUUCUUUUUUUUUGUACCAUGGUGGAGAAAUAACAUGGUAAAUAAAUCCACAAUUUCUAUGACUGUAAUUUCAUGCAUUUAAAUAGAAUAAUUUAGAUCAAAAAGUCUGUAAGAUCAUACAUUGAGGUCAGAUGUGUCCAAAAUUGGCUCAUCGCUUACUGCAUGUGCAAGCAUUGUAUAUUUUUUUGUGUUUAGUUGUACAUAUGAAGCUUUGGACAGCAUCAAUGUCCAGCCAAAAGACUUUUCAGUUAUAUAAAAAGUUAUGUAGGUGAUUUAGAGUUUUCAUCUUCUGAAUUCUGAUGGUUAUAAUGAUUGUAUGCCCUACUAACUGACUCCAGCUAAGAGGUGGCUUGAGUUUGGGUGUGUGAAAUAACUUCAGUUUUAUUGAUGUAUGUUAUUGAUCAACCGCAGUCAAAGCUUCUCGCUCGGUGGGUGAGGUGUUUGUUCUGGAACCGUGUUCCUCUGCUAUCUGCUCAUUUAUGGGUGUGUGCGGCAGGUUUUAGAGACUGACAUGCUGAAAGCUGAUAUAACUCUUGUUACUUUAUCUGUCUAUCCAUCACACUCCAUCUCCACACAAUUCAGCUACACACGGCUAGCCCUUCCUACAUGUACGGUAUACAUGACAGUAUGUGUGUUCAGUACCUGUCUGGAUACAAGUUUAUUUGCUUCUGUGUCUUUCACUGGCUCUUAGCUCAGAUUGGUCCUCAUUCCUUCUCAAAUUUCUGUGUAAAUGUUUUGUAAAACCAUUCUUGCGUAAGUCAUUGUCAUGUAUGACAUUUUAGAAACUAAAACUUUUCUUAUGCAAGUUGUAGGAAAAUAUUUUAAAUACAAACAUUUCUGUGUAAAUCAUUCAUAAAUCCACUGCUAAUUAUUCAUAAGAAAUUUGUUCUGCUUAUGUUACUUUUGUUUUGUAUUAUGUUUCAUGAAGCACAGGGUUUUUGUGCUCCAUUCUGUGCUCUUUCCUCUCCUCUUUUGUAGUCUUGCAUGAAACUCUAAAUAUUGUCUUUAUAUUUUACGAAUGUCCCUGAUUAUGUCAGGUCAUAUUUUCAUACCCUAAAGAAAACUAUUAGAUUUUUAAAAAUGUAUGUUUACUUUUGAUUUUAGGGUAAAAUAUGACCCAAGACUCAUUUUCAGUGUAGCCAAAUGCCAAUGUUUUCAGUGACAAAUUGUGAAUAGUUGUUUUAAAAUGUUGAUUUAAUAAACUAGUCAU